AUGGUGUUUGUUGUGUUGUCGGUGGCUAUUGUUUUUGAUAUCGGUUUUGGUUGUCUUGGUGGUGGUGUCAGUAGUCUUGGUGUUGGUAUUGGUGGCAUUGGUGUCGGUGUUGGCAUUCUUAGUGGUCUUGGAGCAGGUGAUGAAAUGUUCAUGAUAAAAAUGAAUACAUCCAUCAACAAUAUCAUAAAGUUGAACAAGAACAAGGUAGUGUUUAUAAUGGGAGCUACAGGGACGGGGAAAUCUCGUCUCUCUGUUGACCUCGCAAUCUAUUUUUCAGCAGAAAUCAUCAACUCCGACAAAAUGCAAGUUUAUAAGGGACUUGACAUUGUAACCAACAAGAUCACUGACAGUGAAAAACAAGGUGUAACACACUAUUUGCUAGAUGAAAUCGAUCCAGCUUCUGAUUUUACAUCUGAGAAUUUUUGUGCUCAAGCCAACUGCUACAUAGAGAAAAUUAUAAGUCGUGGAUAUGUUCCAAUCAUCAUUGGUGGGUCAAACUCAUACAUUGAAAAACUUGUGGAAGAUCCUACGUUCAUGUUUAAAUCUAACUACGACAGUUGUUUUAUUUGGAUUGAUGUUGACGUAUCUACAUUGGACCCUUUUCUUCGUAAAAGGGUUGACCAUAUGGUACAAAAAGGGCUAGUAGAUGAGGUGCGGGGAAUAUUUUCUCCUGACGCAGAUUACAGUAGAGGAAUACGACUAUCCAUUGGUGUCCCUGAGAUGGAUAAAUACUUUAGAGAAGAAAAUAAGUUUGGCCCAUGUGAAGAGUCAACAAAGAAGUUGCUUCUUGAAUCCGCGGUUGAAGAAAUUAAAGUUAAUACUUGCAACUUAGUACGACACCAACUUGAGAAAAUUCGGCGAUUAAUGGACGAGAAAAUGUGGCCAUUGCAUCGUAUUGAUGCCACCAAUGUUUUCAAGGAAAAAGAAAAAGAAGGCGCUGAUAAUAAAUGGAAACAUGACGUGUUGAAACCCUGCCUUGAAAUCAUGAAAGAGUUUCUCAAACAGUGAUGAUUACAACAUCAUUAUUGACUUUUUAGAAAGUAAUACUAUUAGCACUAUUAUUUGUUUUAAGAUGUUGUGAUUUGCAAUUGAUUAA